CUAGAUCCCCUCCGCUGCGGCUGUUUGCGUUGAUCCUUCAAGAUGGAGGACGAGGUGGAUGUUGACAUCGAGGGUGACGAGUUUGAUACUAAUAUAAGUGAGCAGGAUGGCAGGGGUUUGGUACAGGAGCAGCUGCAGUCUGCUUGGAAUAGCGACGCGGGUAUUCUUCCCUGGGAGUUGGACAGCUCCAUCAGCAAUGAAAACCGAGAGGUGAUCCAGAGGAUGCUCCUGGAGGAGCAAUACUAUUUGAAAGGCAAGGAGAUACCCAGCGAUAUUUGGUUCAGUGAUGCUAACAGCAAGCCCAAAGUAAAAAAGUCUCCAGCCAAGACCGCAAGCUCCUCCUCCUCCCGAUGGUCCAAACAGGAGAAAGAUCUAUUUGAAGAGGGACUGGCUCAGUUUGGACGAAGAUGGACAAAGAUCGCCAAGGUGGUGGGGAGUCGCACCGUUCUUCAAGUCAAGAGCUAUGCCAGACAGCAUUUUAAACACAAGGCCAAAGUGGCACCCAAUGUCGGGGCUCCCUCUACAGGCCCUGCGCCGUCCUUGCAGCCUCCUCAGCCUACCUCCAGCCGCGCUGCAGCCUUGGCAAAUAUGGUGCGCAUUAAGAAAUUGGUUGACGACGAGGAUGAGGAGGUAGACAUCACCGACGACCUCACCGAUGACGGCGAUGACAACGAGGAGACGUGUGAGCAACUGGUUAACAGUCCUAACAGUUUUUCAACUGCAACUUCAUGUCGUCUGCCGGAGGAGCGUGGUGAUGAUGAGCCACAUGUGGAGGACAAAGAUGAAGCAGACAAGCAAGUGGAGGAGGAGGUCAAAAGUGAUGAAGCUGUGGAUGCUGUCAGAUCAGAAGAAGAUCAUGAUGAGCAGAAUGAUGACGAGGAGGAGGAAGAGGAGGAGGAACUUAAGGUCCCUGAACAAGAAUUGGAGUUGGACAUGGAGACCAUCAGCGAGGAUGAGAAACAAGCCAUCCCGGAGUUCUUUGAGGGACGUCCUUCCAAGACCCCGGAAAGAUACCUGAAGAUCAGAAACUACAUUUUGGAUCAGUGGCUGAAGAGCAAACCCAAGUACUUGAACAAGACGUCGGUUCGGCCUGGCCUGAAGAAUUGUGGCGACGUCAACUGCAUCGGGAGAAUACAUACCUACCUGGAACUCAUUGGCGCCAUUAAUUUCAACUGUGAACAAGCCGUGUAUAAUCGACCCAAAGUGGUGGACCGCUCCAAGCACAAGGACGGUAAAGAUGUGCUGGAGGCUUAUCAGCUGGCACAAAGACUGCAGAGUAUGCGGACCAGGAAGCGCCGCGUGAGGGACACUUGGGGAAACUGGUGUGACGCCAAACACCUUGAGGGACAGACCUAUGAGCAUCUGAGCGCAGAGGAGCUGGCCUUGCGUAGAGAGCGGCUGGCGAUGCAGCCCAAAGCCUGCAAGUUGUCCAGACACAGAGGUAUUUCUUUUAGGUCUGUUGAUCCCUUCCAGCUCAUUCCAUGCAGGUCCUUUGGAGAGGAUGUGCAGGAACCAUUCCAGGUCAUCGUGUGUGCUGAGACACUUCUCAUUAUGGACAUGCAUGCCCACGUCUCGAGAGGGGAGGUCAUUGGUCUGCUUGGUGGAACUUUCAAUGAGGAGGAGAAAAUGUUGAAGAUCUGUGCAGCAGAGCCUUGCAACAGCGUGAGCACAGGGCUCCAAUGCGAGAUGGACCCGCUGUCUCAGACACAGGCCUGCGAUGUGCUCUCCUCUCUGGGCCUAAGCGUUGUGGGCUGGUACCACUCGCAUCCAUCCUUCCACCCCAAUCCGUCCAUGCGGGACAUCAACACACAGGACCAGUUCCAGAGUUAUUUCUCUCGUGGCGGCGCCCCCUUUAUUGGGAUGAUUGUGAGCCCGUAUGACCCAACCAAUCCUUCCCCACAUUCCCAGACAACAUGCUUGUUGGUGAAGGACAGCCAGGAGCUCUCUGGAAUGCAAAAGGUUCCUUACAAAUUCGACUUCCUGCCAUCACAAGACAUCCCAAACUGGGAUCAGAUGUUAAGGAGAGUGCUGUGGAUCAUCCAUAAAUACUCCCAAACACCAGGGAGCGUGCACAUGGACAGAUUUUUCCGAAGGAACUCGCACCUCACCUGUUUGGAAAAGAUGCUGUCGUCGCUGGCCAGGUACUUGGAACCGUUACCCGAGGAGGAGGGAGACGCCUUCCUCACUCAUGUCCACACGCUCUUCCUGUCCGACUUCAUCACCAAACAGCAGCAAGAGAGCGAGCAGCUAAAUAACCUGACCUCGGGCAACCUAGAGGAAGCAGACGACGAUGAGGAGUCUGGCCGAGGAGCCAACGCGCAAGACAAAGCAAACUCGGAGACUGAUGGCAGCACAGUGUUACAUCUCGGCUCCGUACUGUCAACGGGACACGACUAUUUACUGUGACGCACCAUAUCAGUGUCAUGUUGAUGACAUUUUUAUUUACUAAGUAAACAUUUUGUACAUCUUUCAACACAGCAACAGCAGUAAAGUAAUUUUAAUCCAAACAAUCAAUGCAG